GUCCAAACCACCUUAAAUACCGCUGCUUGGGGCACAAUCCUAACCCAGAAAUAGCACUACACAUACACACCUCUCCCAACACAUCUUCUCUCCUCCCAGCUCCACCACCUUCGUCCAGCUUUUCCUUGAAAACUCACAGGGUACGCAGACAGGCAGACAUGGCGUCCGAGAAGCAGCGCACCAUUGGCGUGGCGAUGGACUACUCGCCGUCCAGCAAGGCCGCGACCAAGUGGGUGGUCAGGAACCUGGUGAAGGCUGGCGACCGGAUCAUCCUGAUCCACGUCCUCCCCAAAGGAGCAGACGCCAGCCACAAGGGGCUCUGGAAGAGCGCUGGUCCACCUCUGAUCCCUCUGCUGGAGUUCAUGGAGAUGAACGCGCAGGCGAGGUACGGCGUCAACCCUGACAAGGAGGUACUGGAGAUCCUGCAAGCUGAAUCCAAGUCCAAGCAGGUGGAAGUGCUGGCAAAAAUAUACUGGGGUGAUGCAAGGGAGAAACUUUGUGAGGCAGUAGAUGAUCUCAAGGUGGACAAUAUUGUCCUUGGUUGCAGGGGAUUAGGGCCUUUGAAAAGGGCCCUGCUUGGAAGCGUCAGCAAUUAUGUAGUCAACAAUGCAACCUGCCCAGUUACGGUGGUGCGUGGACCAACUGCAUAAUGCUUUUGCUUAUCACAUCUGGAAUGGUGGACUAGUCUGUGUGUUCAUUGGUCUGUUAGUGUUCUUCCAUUCUCUGAGUUUAUGAGAUGAUAUUAUUUACGAGGAUGGUGAUGUUUGGCUCUGGCAGUUCACCUUUUCAGAUAUUUGGUCAUUGUUGUCAACUUUUCAUAUUGCAAUUUCAGUGUGUUUUAUUUGUUAUCUCCUACUGCAACAUUUCAGCCA